GGGGGAGGGCUUCCACAUCCUCCCUCGUAAGGACACCUUGUCCUCUGUGAGCAGCUGCCUUACCACCCCCUACAGGACACUCUGUGACACUGCACCCUGCUCUAUGGACCAUGUCUCCCAGAGCCAGAAGGGUUGGAGCUGCAAAUCCCAGAGUCAGAGCACAUUGCUCAGGGAGGACUGGAGCUACGUGCCCCUGCUGACCGCCAGCCAUUCCUCCCCACUCUACCCUCUCUCCUCCAUCUCCUCCCCCUCUCAGACCAACUGCAGCUCUCUCUGCUCCGGGGAUACAGAGACCGCCGGACACUCCCCCUUGCAGUGGCUCAAGUCCCACAGCCACGGCUGCAUUUCUGCCGACUACGCCACCGGCAACAACAUCUGUCCCCACGGUAACCAAGACCAGCACGGUCUCCAUAGCAACAGCUGUAACUUGUCACACAGUAUCUCGCUAAGGAAGUUCAAGAGGCCCCCCGUUCCCCCUACCCGUUCCACAUCGCUAAGGCGUAAACCUGCUCGGGGAAAACCACUGCGCUACAACUUCAACAACCCUGGAGAUAGAGAGGAGGUGGUGAUGAGUCUCCAGACCCCAAGUCCUGCUCCCGUUUCCCCUCUGGUCUCCCCUGUGGUGUUCGAGGUGUUCGAGGAUCCUUGGGUCCCUCGCUGUCUCAGCAUCAGCAGUCUGGGGGAAAGGGGAACUGCUGAUGCAGCCAGUCAGGUCCCUCACUUCCACAGCUUCCAGGACCAGGUCUACCCUCCCAGCUACCGCCUCAAGCAGCCUCACCACUCUGCGUCCCGCUCAGCCAGUACUGGAGGGCUGAGCCUGCCUAUGGGACCUAAAACGGCCGCUUCUUUUCCAAACAUGGCCACCUCUGCAGGGAGACUGCAGCGUCUGGCUUCCAACUCCAGCGGAUACUACAGCCAGUGCAACACUCUAACAUCUUCCUUACCCCAAACCACCUCCUCACCCCUCACUUCCUCCUCCUCCUCACCCCUCACUUCCUCCUCCUCCCUGCCCCUCACCUCCUCCCUUCCCAGGACUUGUUCUACCCCUGGCAGAGGAAGGCCCAAACCCCCCAUCCCAGAGAGAAAGUCCUCCCUCCUCUCCUCCCCCUCUUCCUCCUUUUCUUCCACUUCCUCCCUCUCUUCCUACACCUCUGCUGACUCUGCCAGAUACCCCCCUCUCUCCCCUCUUACACUCCUCCCUGAGUCCAACACUCCUUCCUCUCUACCUCCACCCUACCCAUCCCUUCCGCAACAACAAUCACUCCCCUCUCCUCCUCCUCUCCCUCAACUGUGCAUCUCUCGUACUCUCCCCUCUCCCCUUCCUCUAACUCAGCCUUCUCUCCCCGCUCCUCCUCCUCUACCUCAGCCAUUCCUUUCCUCACCUCCUCCUCUACCCCAGCCAUCCCUCCCCACUCCUCUAACUUCUCCCCCUUCCCUCUUUUCUCCCUCACGUACCUGUGCAGUGCGACAGACUCAGCCCCACCCCUUUUAUACACCUGUUACACCUGUCAGUCAUGUGACAUCAUUGCCAGGAUUCCCUCCUCCUCCUUCCCCUGAGCUCUUAGAGGAUUUAGACCUCUCAAUCAACAGCCAUCCUACUCCCCCUCCUCCCCCACCUCCGCCACCUCCGCCACCUCCUCCCCCUUACACCCACACCCCUACACCACCUUCCCCCCUCCAGAGCCUCUCCAGAGUGAGUCCAGGACGGCCCCCCCGCCCCUUGAUCACAACCCAAGCCCUGCAGAGAGUCACCCUGCGCUCUGUCAAGAGGCCACAAGAGAAAUCCCCACAGGAGCUAACUAGCAUUAUGCUAACAAACCCUACAUCAGCUAAUGUCGAACAAAGCCAAGAUAGCAAUGAUGCUACACUAACUAGCAUGAUGCUAACCAAUGCAACCCCAGCUAAUGAUGGCCGGCAGUGCCCAGAGAGCACCGAUGCUAAGCUAACUAGCAUUACGCUAACCAACGCUAUGUCAAGUAAUGAUGCCCAGCAGAGCCCAGAGAGCAUUGAUGCAGAGAUAAAUGGCAUCACGCUAACCUGCGCCCUGGAGAGAGUGGAGGGCAUGGAUGCCACACUAACCAGCACUGUGUUAGAGAGUGUGGAGAGGAUCAAUGCUAUUCUUACUGGGGCUGAAGAGAGACAGACCACUGGCGUUCAGAAAAUGGCUGCCAAUUCAUCUGGCACUAUGCUAGCAUAUUUCCAAAAGAGACUUGAAACCAAUGAUGCUAUGCUAAAGGCAGCCACAAAGACACCGUCAGAGUCUGGCCCUCCCUGCUCCACACCGACCACUACUCAGCAGACUGACAGAACCAGAGAGUCUGUCCCUCCAUGCUCCACACCGACCACUACUCACCACACUGACAGAACCAGAGAGUCUGUCCCUCCCUGCUUCACACCGACCACUACUCAGCAGACUGACAGAACCAGAGAGUCUGUCCCUCCCUGCUCCACACCGACCACUACUCAGCACACUGACAGAACCAGAGAGUCUGUCCCUCCCUGCUUCACACCGACCACUACUCAGCACACUGACAGAACCAGAGAGUCUGUCCCUCCCUGCUUCACACCGACCACUACUCAGCACACUGACAGAACCAGAGAGUCUGGCCCUCCCUGCUCCACACCGACCACUACUCAGCACACUGACAGAACCAGAGAGUCUGUCCCUCCCUGCUCCACACCGACCACUACUCAGCACACUGACAAAACCAGAGAGUCUGUCCCUCCCUGCUUCACACCGACCACUACUCAGCACACUGACAGAACCAGAGAGUCUGUCCCUCCCUGCUUCACACCGACCACUACUCAGCACACUGACAGAACCAGAGAGUCUGGCCCUCCCUGCUCCACACCGACCACUACUCAGCACACUGACAGAACCAGAGAGUCUGUUGGAACAGAAGACGCCCUCCGUCCCUCAACAACCCCACAGAUGCCUAGAACCCCUCAGAAGCCUAGAAUCCCAGAGAACCCUAGAACUCCAGAGGCUGUAAUGAUAGAGAAGCCUAGAACACUGGAGAAGCCCAAAACACUGGAGAAGCCUAGAACACUGGAGAAGCCCAGAACACUGGAGAAGCCUAGAACCCCAGAAAAGCCUAACGUGGUUGUUCUCUCUAGGCCACUGAGAGCAGUGGUUUUAAGUUCUAGCUCUCCUGCUGUGAACAGAGGACCAGCGUUACAGAACGGAGAACACAAGCCUCGACAGGAGACCACACCCUGCCUCACCAACGGCCAACUAGAGCACUUAACGUGUGCAAACACACUCACACACUCCCCUGCUACCCCCUACUCCACCCCCCACAAAGAGAAGCCUCCUGUUGCACUAAAGAACCCUAAACGAUCUCUACUGAGGACACACCAGACAGACACAGCAACCCCACCACUCGUACUGACAAGUACACCUCCACAGCCCUUUGUCCCAGAGACAUCACCCUUUCUGGGGAUACAAUUGGCACAGACAGAGUCCCAGACAGAGACCCAGCCAAAGCCAAAGCCUGAAUUCCCAUUCCUGAAACGCUACCAGUCAGAAUACUAUGUAGCGGAGUUACCAUCAAGGCCCUGUCCUCCAGUACCCUGUGUACCAGAGUUACCAACAAGGCCCUGUCCUCCAGUACCCUGUGUACUAGAGUUACCAUCAAGGCCCUGUCCUCCAGUACCCUGUGUUACAGAGUUAUCAUCAAGGCCCUCUCCUCCAGCACCCUGUGUACCAGAGUUACCAUCAAGGCCCUGUCCUCCAGUACCCUGUGUUACAGAGUUACCAUCAAGGCCCUCUCCUCCAGCACCCUGUGUACCAGAGUUACCAACAAGGCCCUGUCCUCCAGUACCAUGUGUACCAGAGUUACCACCAAGGCUCUCUCCUACAGCACCCUGUGUACCAAAAUUACCAACAAGGCCCUCUCCUCCAGCACCCUGUGUACCAAAGUUACUACCAAGGCCCUGUCCUCCAGUACCCUGUGUGCCAAAGUUACUACCAAGGCCCUCUCCUACAGCACCCUGUGUACCAAAGUUACUACCAAGGCCCUGUCCUCCAGCACCCUGUGUACCAGAGCCACAGCAGGAGUCCUGUCCACUGGAGAUGGAGACAGAUAUAGAGACAAAGCUAGAGAGUGGCUCUGUGCCAUACACAGAGUUGGGGAGAUCAGAACCUGAACCAGAGGAGAUGUGGGUGAUGCAGAAGGAAGAAGAGAAUGAAGAGAGAGAGAAUGUGCACAUCACACUGAUGCUGGGGAGGAGAGAGGAGGAGGACAGACAGAUGGGAGCCAUUGAGGAGGACAGCAGAGAUUCUGGAAGUUUCUCUCCGGAAGAGAAUAGAGAUGCUCUUAGCAGUGGACUGUCAACUGAAGAGGGUGAACUGGAGGAGGAGAGGAUGGAAUGGGAGAAGAGGGGAGAGAGGCGCAGUCUGGAGACAGACGGGGCCAGCAGCUCCACAGGAUCUCUGAGCUCCAGAGAGGACAACGGUGAGGUGUUUGACAUUUCUUCAGCGGAGAAGAUGGUGCCACCAACACGACCGCGGACUACUGAGGACCUGUUUGCUGCCAGACACAGGUAUGUCGUGACACGUAUUGCUACUUGACCUCCUGUAUGUCUGAAAGACACACUAUGGUACUCUUGUAAUAACUCCACA